AUGGAGACGCCAGCUGUGGAUAUCGACAAUAUCAUCGAUCGGUUGUUGGAGGUUCGAGGAUCAAAGCCUGGCCAACAGGUGGAUUUAGAGGAGCACGAGAUUCGGUUUCUGUGCUCUAAAGCAAGGUCCAUUUUUAUCAAGCAACCAAUCUUGCUGGAGCUAGAGGCACCUAUAAAGAUCUGUGGUGACAUUCACGGCCAAUACUACGACCUUUUGCGUCUAUUCGAAUAUGGAGGAUUUCCUCCCGAGAGCAACUACUUGUUUUUGGGUGACUACGUCGAUCGCGGUAAACAGUCCCUAGAGACAAUUUGUUUGUUACUAGCAUACAAAAUCAAAUACCCAGAGAACUUCUUCGUCCUUCGUGGUAACCACGAAUGCGCAUCCAUCAACCGUAUUUACGGGUUUUAUGACGAAUGUAAGCGCCGUUAUAACAUCAAGCUUUGGAAAACGUUUACGGACUGUUUCAACUGUCUGCCCAUCGCGGCGAUCAUAGACGAAAAGAUCUUUUGCAUGCAUGGCGGCCUUUCGCCAGACCUCAACACCAUGGAACAAAUAAGACGCGUCAUGCGGCCUACGGAUAUCCCCGACGUUGGUCUUUUGUGCGAUUUGCUAUGGUCCGACCCAGACAAGGACAUCGUUGGAUGGUCUGAAAACGAUCGUGGUGUAUCUUUCACUUUCGGCCCCGACGUGGUCAGCCGUUUCUUACAGAAACAAGAUAUGGAGCUUAUUUGCAGGGCGCAUCAAGUAGUUGAAGACGGGUAUGAGUUCUUCAGCAAACGUCAAUUGGUGACAUUGUUUAGCGCGCCCAAUUACUGUGGCGAGUUUGACAACGCGGGUGCAAUGAUGAGUGUCGACGAGAGUCUGCUCUGCUCGUUUCAAAUUUUGAAACCAGCUCAAAAGACCUUACCAAGGCCUCAGGGCAAGAAAAACAAAAUAAAGUAG